AUGAGAAAAGAGUGGGAGAGUGGGUGGUGGCCGCCCCGACGCUGCGGGCGGGGAUCCGAGACCCACCAGUUUCGCUUAAUCGCAUCCAAUCAACAAAUUCCCGGCUCGCUUGACGAUGCAGAGUCUCGCUGGGGGCUCCCUGUCAACCUCAUCGCAGACUACCUAUAUCUUAAUCCCUUCUUUCUUCCCACACCGCGAAAAAAUGAUAAGCUUGUACCUAUGCUCCUGGCUCGCACACUCUGCUCCCUCCCCCUUGAACUUAUUGCAGGAAUAUCUACCUUACUUGCCAGUGCCUGCAUGAGACUCGACACUUAUCCUCUUUCUCUUAUGGGAAGUAAAAGACGUUCAUCUGCAACCUCGCUUGACUUGACCCCAAGUGGCACAUUCCUUCGUAUGUUGUUGGCAUCCUGCGUUGUAGAGCCCCUCUCUGGCCCCUGCCUGUCUUCUCCUUUACCGACAUAUUUUUCAUCUGCACUCCGGUACCUCAUCUCUCUUCUCGGCCUAUGUCCUCUCUCACACCCACACCUACAAACGCUCAUGGAGGUCCAUGGGUCUUGCGCGCUUGUUCCCUCCCUGCGCACCUCAUGGCCAACCGCAUUUCCCCCUUCCCACCCACUCAGCCAGUGUUGCUCCUUGUACGACGCCUCGCCCGUCACCACCGAGCCAUCGCGCCUUAGUCUGUCAACCUCUUGCUCUCUCGCCUGUUGCGCCUUCUCAUUAGUUCGUCUCGUGUGUUGGCUUGUUCUCGACCGAUCUCGCUUGUCCUGGAACAGCUCAAGGUCAUCCUCAUUGCUUGGCUACCUCAUCAAGCUCAUGUCCUUGAGCCUGGUUUUUGCGCCGCCCGCCCAUCAUGUCUCGCUUCUCGCCUCGACCGCUGCAAUGCAACUGCAUAGCUUAGCUUACCCUGUUUCUCUCACCUGUCUUAUCUUCAACUUUGAGGCGUACGAAGACACUUAUGCUGGCUCAAACAGCUUCACUCACUCCAUCGUUGGCUUUGGCCUUUCCACUCAGACCUUCACACCCCUGGGCUCUCAAACACCCUCAACCUCUGCCCUGCUCAUCGCCGAACAUCCUUUCGCUUAUGUCCCCGUAAACCUCACUUGCCGGCUCAUCUUUCGAAUCCGCCUCGCUAGACACCCCGUUUCUAUUGGAAUUACGCCGCAACACGACCUUGCAAACCCCCACACCUUCGUCUGGGAAGCCGUAGAGCACUCGCUAUAUCUAGCUCCUUCGCCCAACCCCUACCACAUGGCUCCUGGUCGGUGUCACCGCACUCACACCUCGACUUCACCUUGCAUACCAUUCGCCUGCCAGAGCGUUUCGCAAACCUGCAGCAUCCCGCCCGUCACGCAUCGACCUUCCAUAGGGCAGAACCUGUAUCACAAUACAGUGUCAACGACGUCCAUGUGUGCGCCGCCUCCUCCGGCAAAGCCCAUACAGACCGUUAUAAGCCGUUUGGUACCCCAGGCCACCGUCCAACAAGUUCAGGUGAUGCCAUCGGUCCAUUGUCAACGCGUCUAUGGAGUCAAAGUCUCCACCGGAGCGAGCUUGGUUCUCGUCGUUCCCCCGCCGCCUAUGGUAAAGCUGCUGCGAUCCGAACGAGCCUCCGUCGUCUCGGAGGCUGCCGUAUUAAGAUGGCUUGCUGGCAAAACUGUCGAGACGCCUCUUCUCCAUGAGAAAGUUACGGAAACAGAAGGCUCGCCUUGGUCAACCUCUCCCAUUGCCACUUACGAGAGUGGGACCACGAAUUGUUCUGAUGUCGCGGUACAAGAACUGCGGGCUUUGGUUCCAACCCUCAUAUCACAUACGGCCGCCACGAACGAGCUGGGCCUCGAAUACAAUCUCGUCAAGCCAACACUAGGCACCCCCAUCUCCGAACUCAGUCCACCACUCUCAUCGGCCGAACGGAGAACAGUUGAUUUUCAAACUGGUCAAUUAUAUCGGCAGCUUUGUGAGCAAGUGUCACCCACUGGACGAUUCGGACCUGCAUUUGCUGUUCUACCUCCAUGUGCGCCAUCACCAGCUACAGACUCCACGAAGUCUACGAGGCGAGAUGUAGCCGCGAGAUUGAUGGAAUCAAAAGGCGUCCAUUCCUGGACUGUGGCCUUCCACUCAAUGUUAGAGGCAGUGCUUCGUGACGGGGAGGAUAUGCAAGUAAUGUUGGGUUACAGUGCCAUUCGACGGCAGUUCAAGCGUUUCGAGCAUGUGCUGGAUGGAAUCAAAACACCCCGGCUGGUGGCUGUUGACGUCGGCAAAGAUGUCAACACCCUUGUGUUCAGAAAACGAGGCUCCGGAGACGACGCAUCUCUGGUCGAGUGCAGACCGCAGGGAAGAUUUCAACACACAGACCGCCGCGGUAGUGACGCAAGUAGCGAGGUUGGCGAUGAGUAUGAUAACGGCUCGGAUUCCGGAGACGACAACGCGUCACUGACUCUCCAACACGACGAUGGCAUCGUCAUGGCUGGCAUGAAGGAUUGGAGCAACUUCGUCUUUGGAGAUCCACUUUUUGCUCUCAAUAUCGGUCGUGAGCCUAGUGGUGAUUUUCUUGCGGGAUUCAACUGGUCCUCAAACACUCGACACACCAUCAUCUCAAUGUUUUCCUCGGAUCUGAUUGAGGACAAGGAGAGAGCUCACGUCCGCCUGCUGCUGUACGACUGCUACCAUACAAUCACGCACAUUGCGAGAACAUACUUCCGCCCGCAAAAGGACAUCAGCGGACGCGAGCUGGAGGCACGAAAGAGGUUGAACACUAUCCUGUCGCAGCUUGAUGCUCUUGAUGACGCCGGCACACGGAGGGGAAGAAGACCAAGUGGCGAAUCAAGCCCGGCCAAUAAACGGUCGAAGAGCGGGGAAUCAACAUACUUCGGGAAAGACACGUCUAGAGCCUGGCGUACGGUUGCUUCCUGGAGGAAGAUGCAUUCGUCGUUUCAAUAA